AUGGCAUCCGAAACCAACGGCAACAGCGGCGCUCCCAUCGAGGAGGAGAUGGGCAAGGAAUGGACGGAGAAGAUCAUCAAGUCGAUGGGUCCCAAGACGGAUCCCAGAAUGAGAGAGGUCAUGGGCUCUCUGAUUCGCCAUCUUCACGACUUCGCACGCGAAGUUGAUCUGACCUUCGAUGAGUGGGUGAAAGGAGUGGACAUGAUCAACUGGGCCGGAAAGAUGUCGAACGAGAGACGCAACGAAGGCGGACUUAUGUGUGAUGUUAUCGGGCUGGAGUCCCUCGUCGACUACAUCACAUACAAGAAAGCCGCAGCAUCCGGCGAUGCCACUGCCUCUGCCAUUCUUGGCCCAUUCCGCCGACUGGACAGACCGACCCGAGACUUUGGCAGCACCAUCACCUUUGACACUCCCAAGGACGGAGAGGUGGCGUGGAUGCAUGGAAUCGUCACGGAUGCCAAGACUGGGCAACCUUUGAAAGGCGCGGAGGUUGAGGUCUGGCAGGCAUCUACAAACGGGCUCUACGAGCAGCAAGAUGAGAAUCAAGUCGAGCACAAUCUUGCCGGGAAGUUCUUCACCACCGACAAAGGGGAGUAUGCCUUUUACUGCCUUCGACCGACGCCAUACCCAGUGCCUGGCGACGGACCUGCCGGCGAAAUGUUGAGGCUCAUGGACCGCCAUCCAUAUCGUCCCGCUCACAUUCACUUGAUCGUGUCGAUCGACGGCUACAAAUCAAUCACCACCCAAAUCUUUGACAGCGAGUCGAAAUACCUCGAAGACGACAGCGUGUUUGCGGUCAAGGACGGCUUGGUUGUCAAGUUCGUGCCUCGCAAGGACGAUCCGAAUGCACAGGUUGAACUCAACUACGACGUGGCACUGGCUCCAUUAGGAGAGAAGGGCGCUUCGAGUGCUCCGGAAGCACACUCGGCUUACUGA